UUCCUAUCCUUAAGAAUUCACUGCCUAAUUGUCAAUUGUUUUUGUGCCCAUCCGUUUACAUACAAAAACAACAUUCACUCUGCAAGUUUACUAAAACUUAUCCUCACUGUUUCCCUACCCUAUUCUUCUUGUUAAUGUAUUUUUCAAACAUCUUUUACUUCUUUGUGUAUCUUGUUCUGCUUUAAAUCUUUCUUCAUCUUUUAUAAUAAUUCAAGCAAGUUUUGUGCAAUUUUAUUCGUUUUUGGAAGAUAUCAUAGUAUAGGACAGGCAAUGGGACAAGCAGAGAGUAGUACUGGGAAAUUCAAGAAACAUGAUCAGCAGCAGCAACAAGAGCAGUUGAUUCCGGGCCUGCCUGAUGUGAUAGCCAUGGAUUGUUUGGUUAGAGUGCCCCACCAAUUCCAUUCCACCAUGACUUUAGUGUGCCAGAGUUGGCGAAGAUUGCUCAUGCAUCCUUCAUUCUACCAAGAAAGAAGCAGAUCCGGCAUGGCCGAGCAUAUGGUUUUCCUUAUUCAACCAGUUCCAUGUCUCUCACCACCAAAAACAGAGUUCUCUGUGUCCAACAACAGGGAAGAUGAGGUCGAUGCAAAGAUCUCUAGCCCGCUUCUAACUCAAUAUGGCCUGAGCAUCUACAACGCCACCAAUCAGACUUGGCGCCGGAUGAUGAUGAGGCAGCCUGGUGGCGGAUAUAUUGGAAUCCCCAUGUUCUGCCAGUGCGUGGCACUUCCCGCAUCUGGGAAGCUCCUGCUCUUGGGUGGCUGGGACCCCAACACCUUAGAACCGGUGCCUGAUGUGUAUGUCCUGGAUUUGAUCGGCUGUUCCCGGUGGAGACGUGCAGCCCCCAUGUCAGUGGCACGCUCUUUCUUUGCAUGUGGAAUCGUGGGGCAAUCGACGGUUUACGUGGCGGGGGGGCACGACAACCUGAAGAAUGCGCUGCGAUCGGCAGAAGUAUAUGAUGCAGAUGCGGACAAGUGGAGGACGCUGCCACCCAUGGCAGAGGAGAGGGACGAGUGCCAGGGUCUCUCCUGGGAGGGGGAUUCCAGGUUCUGGGUCGUCAGUGGGUACAGCACAGAUAGCCAAGGACGAUUCAGGUCGGAUGCCGAGUGCUACGACCCAGUUACGGGAUCUUGGUCAAGAAUCGAUGGGGUCUGGCCAUAUUCGAGUCUCAGUCCCAGAGGUCUCACCGCAAAUGUCACCAUCACCAACGAGAACAACACCAGCGGCCACCAAUACCAGUGGUGGUGGUUCUUGGGAAGCCAACAACAGCCCCAAGAUAAUGUGGGGGUAAAGGAUCAAACGGAUAACUGCAAUAACCUCAUCUGGAAGGUGGUGAAUUCCGUUCAGCUUCCCAGUGAGAUAAAUGGAACAACAUCAGUACUCUGUGUCAUCAACGCUCUUGGACUCACUCAAGAUCAAUGCUUUAUGAACAGUCGCAAUCAGCAGAGGCAGCGGAUAUUUUUUAUGAGCAGUGGUGGCGCUGGCGGUAGAGGAACAUCGUCAUCAUCACUAACAUGCGGUGAAUGCAAACGUGAAGGGGAAGGAGCAUACAUCUUGACCACCAAGUGGAAUCAUAUCUGUACGUCUCAUGCAUUUUCAGGGUUCCCUCAUUCAGCUUCAUGCCUAGUUAUCUGAAUUUUUUUUUUUAGUCAGUUGUAAUUUUCUAUUCAGUUGGCUAUGACUAUGAGCCUAUGAUAACAUCGGGAAGAAAAUAUUUCCACGAAUUGUUACUCAAAUUUGAGUAUUUCAAAUGUGAAAUAAAUAUAUUGAGUAUUGCUAUAUAUUAUCCCGCCUAGUCAUUCCCUCA